GUUGGUUCCGAUUUGAAUGCCAAACUUGGUGACGGCUAUUGGACGGGAUGGACCGCGGCGCACUAUGCAGCGCAUUACGGCCACGCGGCGGCGCUGAAGUUCCUUCACGAGGCAGGCGCAGAUUUGAGUGCGAUAAACGCGGAGGGCUGCACGCCGGCCUACGAAGCAGUCCGAGAAGGUGGGAGAAGCUUUUUCGCAGGGGACUGCCGAGGCGUUGGACCUGGAAGCGGAGCAGCUCAGAGAAGGCGCCUCGUGAAGGAACUUCAGCGCCGCUGCGUGGCCGUAAUGCGCGGCAUAGUGCGCCGCGGUCCAUCCCGUCCAAUAGCCGUCACAAGUUUGGCAUUCAAAUCGGAACCAGCCUCGGCAGGGAACUUCCAUACUUGGCCCUCUCACUUUGCCCCACUGCACGAUGUGGAACUUCCAAACACAGCACGGCCGCACGGCCCUCCCGAAAGAAGCAACACUCGCCUUCUACUGCGAGAGCAACCGGACCUGGCGGUGCUGCGCGAGGGCCGCCACGUCACCAUUCUCGGCAGCCGUUAUCAAAGAAAUGGUGCCUCCAGCCUGGAAGGGCCUUCCCACCUGGAUCAGGUCGGCUUCUGCCUCGUUCACUCAGGGGAAACCGCCAAGAACCCUCUCUUUGCACUUACGACCACAUUACGUGAGGCGCUAGAGGUACUGGCCAAGACGAUGGCUGCGGCUAUGCAGUGGGGGCCGACUUGGAGAAGCCGGACCCACAAGGUGGACGGACCCCCCGCUCACGCCGCCGCUGGCAACGGCCGCGUGGAGGCGCUGCGCGUCCUCAUCCAGGCCGGUGUGAACCUCAAUGCCAAGAUGGUCGACGGAGAAACACCGGCAGACCUCGCAGCGCGUGAGAGUCAUGACGAGGCACUGAAGCUGAUCCUGGAGGCGAAUAUGACAGAUCGCUUCCAGCUGCUCUCCUACAUGGUUU